GAGUUGUAGGCUGCAGCGAGCGAUUAGUGUGUGGCGUGGUCAAGCCUUACGCUGUGGCCAGAGCCCCGGAAUCUGGUUUCGGAGCUGAUUCUCCUUUCGGUUCGGGAGCUGGGGGCCACCGUGGCGGGGCGAUGCGAGACGGCGGGCCGCUGGGGCGAGCCGGGCUGGUGCUGCUCCUUAUGGCCGCCGGGUCGGGAGCGAGGCCGCGGCCUACCGCCCCCGGGGACCAGCCCCCAUCUAAUGUGGUGCUGGUUGCCUGCGACUCCUUGGAUGGACGCUUAACAUUUUUUCCAGGAAAUCAGACUGUGGAUUUACCUUCCAUAAAUUUUAUGAAAAGACAUGGCACUGUCUUUCUCAAUGCCUACACCAAUUCUCCAAUUUGUUGUCCUUCCCGUGCAGCUAUGUGGAGUGGUCUUUUCACUCAUUUAACAGAAUCUUGGAAUAACUUCAAAGGGCUAGAUCCAGAUUAUGUAACAUGGAUGGAUAUCAUGGAAAAGCAUGGCUACCGUACACAGAAGUUUGGGAAAUUGGAUUUUACUUCUGGACAUCAUUCAGUAAGUAACCGUGUGGAAGCUUGGACUAGGGAUGUUAACUUCCUGCUCCGACAAGAAGCAAGACCCAUGGUGAAACUUACAGGCCAUAGGAAGCAGUUUAGAGUGAUGGAAACAGAUUGGCGGAACACUGAUAAAGCAGUAAAUUGGAUAAAGGAAGAAGCUGUUAACUUUACUCAACCAUUUGUUCUUUACUUGGGGCUAAAUUUACCACACCCAUAUCCAUCACCCUAUGCAGGAGAAAAUUUUGGAUCCUCUACAUUUUUAACAUCUCCCUAUUGGCUUGAAAAGGUAAAUUAUGAAGCUAUUAAAAUACCCAAGUGGUCUUCUCUUUCAGAGAUGCAUCCAGUAGACUAUUACUCAUCAUACACCAAGAACUGCACAGGAGAGUUUACAACAGAAGAAGUGAGAAAUAUUAGAGCAUUUUACUAUGCUAUGUGUGCAGAGACAGAUGCCAUGCUGGGUGAGAUUAUUUCAGCUCUGCGAGAUACUGGGCUUCUUGGAAAAACAAUCAUUAUAUUCACUGCAGAUCAUGGAGAACUUGCUAUGGAACACCGUCAAUUCUAUAAAAUGAGCAUGUAUGAGGGAAGUUCCCAUGUUCCUCUUUUAGUUAUGGGGCCAGGUGUAAGAGAGCAGCAGCAAAUACCAAAUGUAGUAUCUCUUGUGGAUAUAUAUCCUACUAUGCUUGAUAUAGCAAGAAUUACUGUCCCACAGAACCUAAGUGGAUAUUCUCUUACACCGCUGCUAUGUGAAAAUGCUGAGAGCGAAGCAUCAGCCAGCAGAGCUCGGCCCUCAUGGGUGCUGAGUGAAUUUCAUGGGUGCAAUGUGAAUUCCUCUGUGUAUAUGCUGAGAACUGGCAAGUGGAAAUACAUCACAUACUCGGAUGGCUCUUCAGUAUCGCCCCAACUCUUUGACCUGACUGCUGAUCCAGAUGAGCUUACAAAUGUUGCCUUAAAAUUCCCAGUAACUGUACAUUCCUUGGACAAAAUACUUCGCUCUGUAGUUAACUAUCCUAAAGUUUCUUCUGCUGUUCAGGAGUAUAACAAACAACAGUUCAUCAGUUGGAAGCAAAGUUUGGGUCACAAUUACUCAAGCGUUAUUGCAAACCUUAGGUGGCAUCAAGACUGGCUAAAGGAUCGGAAAAAGUAUGAGAAUGCAAUUGACAAGUGGCUGGGCUCCUAAUUGAACAUGUGUACAAGUGAAGAAGAAUCUGAUCUCUGGUCAUCAUCAUAAAUUGGAAAAAAAAAGCAACAAAAAAAUCCCACUGCAAAAGCAACAACAACACAAACAAACAAAAACCCUCUUGCCAAACCUAUGAGUAGAGCAGUUCUCUGAAAAAUGAUAGUGUGAUUUGCAUAACAUAAAUUAAAAAUUGCUUGAAUGCAGUUUGAUUCUGUAAGUAAAUGCACAUCAGUGAGUGGAGAACUGAAAACUAAAAUGUACACAGAAGCGACACAAUUGAAGCUUGCAGGAAGUUAACAGAAAAAUACUAUUUCCCAUUUUUCCAGUGACCUGACAAAAAAAGUAGUUUUGGAAGAAGGUUGAGAUUUAGGUAACAACUCUUCCACGUAA